AAUCCCUUCAAUUGAUUUGUUAUUUUUAAAGAUAGCGCUGACAUUGAAUGUCAAAAGUCAGCAUCCUUGAACAUGGCUUCUGUACAAGAACAUAUAAUAGAAACUGCAGCCCUGGGGAGGCCGCUUCAGCUGGGAAUGCUGUACGACUGCAGAAAAGAUUCAAUAGUACCAGGAAUAACACUUUGGGAUCAACAACAGCUGCAGCAUAACACAAAUGUUAUUCCGCAACAUAACACAGAGUUCACAGUUGUAAAUUCAGACACAACUGAAGAAAAAUCUAAACAACUGAAAGUUGAUGGUGAACUGAAACUGAGUCUUUUGAGCGGGAAUGUCAGUGUUAGUGGUGCAGCCAGGUAUUUCAAUGAUACUAAAAAGUCAUUUAUACAACAAAGGUUGACGCUGCAUUAUAAGACAAUCACCAGAUUCGAGCAUUUGACUAUGAAACAUCUGGCACAAGGACAAAUCAAUCACCAUGAGCUGUUUGAUCAUGAUAUGGCAACACAUGUGGUUGUAGCAGUUUUGUAUGGAGCAGAUGCCUACUGUCAGGACUCUGCCUGGACUUUGGCCAUGUGCCUUUUGUUUAUGUUUCAUGUUCACGUGUCUGCCCCGCCCUUGUCUUUUCCGCCCCGCCUCUGCACACCUGCCCCUUAUGUUUAAUGAUUAUUUGUAUUAUUUAAUUGAGCCGCGUUGCCUCGUGCAGCGCGGAAUCCUAUUGUCUUCUGUACUUGUCUUCAUGUCUGGUUUUGUCUGUGUCCUGUUUUGUGUCUUUAAUUUAUUAAAUCCCUGUUUUUCUUAAGCUGUCCUGCAUUUGGGUCCGUUUUUAUUCCGCCUCUCUGACAGAAGGAUUC